AUGGGGGUUGAACGUGGCUUCUGGGAGCCCCUCCCUCCUGGGACCCUCCAGCUGUGGCUGUCAAUGGCCCAGCACCUCAACGCCCAGGAAGGCACCGACGAGAACGCUUCCUGCCUGACGGCUCACCCCAGCGGGCUUGGUGUCCUCCCAGCCUCUGCAGCAUGUGCCUUCACAGGGAAGAGACCUGGGGACUCAGGAAACUCAAGGCACCUCUGGAGUCACAGCCCAAAGACAGAACCAAAUGCUCUCCUGGGCAUAAAAGCCACACAGUGCCUGGGAGGAUCCCCUCCAAACUUUUCCCAGAAGCCUCAGGGCCUGCUUGCAAGAGUCUCUGCCCAUCAUCCCCCAACCUGGCCAACCUGGGACCACAUCAGCACCUGGCCUGACUCUUCUACCAGGAUGGCCUCCAAGACCAAUGCUGACACCUGAGGCCCCCUCACCAGGGAGGCUGGAAGUACCCCAACAAGGGCGCUGUGCCUGAUGUUGGAAACAUAG